CUUUGCAAACACAACAAACUCAGAAAGGCUUAAUUAGGCCAUGGAGGGUGGUUCUAGGGGCAAGGAAGACAAGGAAGGCGGCGAGACACGAUACCGGGGCGUGCGUAGGCGGCCCUGGGGGAAGUUUGCGGCUGAGAUACGCGACUCCAAUAGGCACGGGGCUCGUGUUUGGCUCGGGACUUUUAACACGGCUGAGGAGGCGGCUCGAGCCUAUGAUAGAGCCGCUUAUUCCAUGAGAGGUCACUUAGCAAUUCUCAACUUCCCGCAGGAGUAUCCAAUGGCUAGCGGCGGCGGUAAUGCAAAUUAUAAUAGCUCGUCUUCCGUGGGUUCUUCUUCUUCUUCAUCAUCAUCGGCAAUGGAGAGAGGCAAACAAGUUUUCGAGAUAGAGUAUUUGGAUGAUAAGUUGCUCGAAGAACUUCUAGAAAAUGAGGAGAAAAAGAGCAAGAAAAAGUGAAAGGGCGGUGAUGGCGUGCUGUCAAGGUCCCGGGCCAACAUCAACAGUAGAGUUUCUUGGUCUCUUAAUUUAACUGGUCGAGAGUAUCUCCAAAGUCUUUCCUGAUUUUCUCCUUCGGUAACUAAAGCACUUAUAUUUCAUAGAAAAUACUUUACAUCAACAACAUUAAUUAGAGUGAAGCCCCCCCUCUGUUUUAUAAUGUAUCGGGGAAUAUAUUGUCGCUAUCUAAAUUAUAUAUGGACAAUAAUUAUAAAUGUGGGUCAAGAUCAUCAUCAUCAUC